AUGUCAGAACACCCAAAGGGAAUAUUAAGGAAUAACUCAACAUCAGAGCAGCUGCGCGCACAACAACUACAAGAUAAAUUAGAUAGACAAGAAGUUAUAAAAAAUACAAGAUUAAAUGCAAAAUUAAAUUCUGAUUCUUCAAAAGGAGAUGAAAUUAGAGCCAAAAUAGCUCAAAAGAAGAAAGAACUAGGGGAAUCAGAUGAUCCUGAUGAAUCCAAACCGGAACAUUUGAAAUGGGAUGAAUUGAAUAUAUACAAGAAUGAACAAGAAAAAUCGGCAACUAUGAAGAUAGAUGAACCAAAAACUCCUUAUGAAGGUGGUUUUAAUCCUGAAGGUGAAUAUUAUAAAGAUGAUGAAGAUCAAAAUAAUGGAGAUGAAGAUAUACCACAAUUUGACUUGGGAGAAGGAGAGUAUGAUAAAUUAGACAAUGACAAUAAGAAUGAAUCAUCAUUACAUGGAAGUGAAGUAAUCAAGGAUCCUAAUCAGGAUGACGAAGGAGAUGAAGAUGAAGAGAAAGAACCACAAGAAGAGCAAUUGACUGCUGAAGAAAGACAUAAAAGGUUUGAAGAGAAAAGGAAAGAACAUUACCAUCUUAAGGCGUUACCAUUGAAACAUAAAAUAGAUAUUCCUGAUGAUGAUAAUGAUAAUGAUAGUAGUACUGAUGCAACUGUAUAG